AUGGCAACCCCAGUUAUUGUUGGUGUAGGGGCUAUCACAGCUGCUCUCGUUGGACGACAUCUCGUGCGUAGUGGGAUUAUUGGCAAACGGGCAGCAGACCAAUGGGUGAAAGGUGGUUUUAAAGCGAAGAUGGAUCGCAAGGAGGCUAUUGCAAUCCUUGGGCUCAAAGACGGUGUAACACUACGCAACAAGUUAAAAGAUGCCCACCGGCAUAUCAUGCUUGCAAAUCACCCUGACCGUGGAGGCUCGCCAUACAUGGCGAGUAAAAUCAACGAAGCUAAAGACUUGUUAGACAAGACAGAUGGGAAGUCGAGAUAG